GAUCAAAGGAAAGGAAGGCGAGCCUUGGCUUGUUGUCAGAGGGCAACGAGGGGAUUUCCUACUCAAUUAAUGACUGCCUUUCCCUCCCUUUCCCUCCUUUUUGCACAAAGCCAUGGAAGCAAAUGCCAGAUUGAGAGGUGCCGAGGCCGACCACAACAAUCCGGAAAAUAGAGAUGGAGCGCUCACAGAGGACGAGGAAGCCGCGGCGAAGAAAAGGAGAGCAGAGAACAAGAAAACCUGGGGAGAAUGGGCCAAGGGCGUGAAGGUCUUCAUAUGGAACCCAGAAACACGGCAAUUCUUGGGCAGGACGGCUCAGAGCUGGGCCCUGAUCCUCCUCUUCUAUCUCGUUUUGUACACUUUCCUGGCCGGGAUGUUUUCCUUCGGUUUGUACGUCAUGUUGCUCACUAUGAGCCCCUACACGCCGACCUACAGAGACAGAGUUGCUCCGCCAGGAGUUAUGAUCAGACCCUACGUGGACAACACGGUCAACAUUGCCUUCAACGUCUCCCGUUCUGCUUCGUGGCAACGUUAUGUGGAAAACUUGGAGGGGUAUUUACAAGCUUACAAUGACGCUGAGCAAGUGUCCAAAAAUAUCCAGUGCACCCCAGGCCGGUAUUUCAUCCAAGAGGACGAAAGCAAACCGAAGAAAGCGUGCCAGUUCAAGCGGUCCGCGCUCAAGGAUUGUUCUGGAUUGAAGGACAAAUCGUUUGGCUACUCUUCAGGGAGCCCUUGCAUCUUGCUGAAGAUGAACCGCAUUGUGGGCUACCAGCCUGGAUAUGGGACUCCGGUGACCGUGAGCUGCAAAAUAUACAAAGGCGAUGAAAGUGCUCUUCUUCGAGUGAAAUACUACCCAAGUGACACGUUCGAUCCCAUGUACUUCCCUUACUAUGGCAAGCACACACACACCACCUAUGCGCAACCUGUGGUGGCCAUGCAUUUUACCAACGUGACCAAGAACCAGGUCAUGACCAUUCAAUGCCAAUUGAACGGAAAGGGCAUCAUCAAUACCUACAAUAACGACCGGUUCCUGGGGCGCAUUGUUUUCAUGUUGCAGGUCGGAAACUAGACCUGGGAGCCGCCCGCCUGCACCGCUUCGGAGGCCGCAGAAAACUCUUCCCACCUCGGAGGGAGAAACAGCCAUUGACAAGAGCUGGGGGUGGAGGGGUGGGGUGGGAGAGGGGAGUCAGACCUGUUUGGGGAGGAGACUAUUUUGGUUUGUGUCUAUGAUGUAUAGACUGCAGAAUUAAAUGUAAUUGGAAGCGUUCACUUAGCAAACAAA